AUGAGUGAUUACAUUCCACAAAUAUCAUAUAAAUUAGAAUAUCUUCCAAAUGAAGUUUUACUUGAAAUAUUUGAUUAUAUACAAUUAAAUGAUUUAAUACGUGCUUUUUAUAAUUUAAAUAAUCGUGUAAAUUCUAUUUUAUUUUCAUCAAAUAUUCAUUUACAUAUUCUUUAUCCCGAUGAUAUAAAUAAAAAUAGUAUUAAUCAAAAAAUAUUAUUUGAUUUCAUUAAUAGAAAAAAAUUUAUUGCAAGACUUCGACUUUCAAAUGAUAAAAAAUUACCUGAAUAUGAAUUUAUAAGAUUUUCAUAUAUUCGUUCAUUAAUUCUUGAUACUCCUACAUCAAAACAUAUACAAAUGAUAUUACCUGAAAUAUUUCCACGUUUAGAAUAUCUUCGUGUUGGUUAUGCAUCAGCUAAAACAGAAUUAAGUAAACUUCAUCAAUAUAUUUUUUCAAAUGCAUUUCCAUUAUUAAAAAAAUGUUCAUUAAAUAAUGUUAAUGAAUAUAAAUCAUGGACUGGUUCACCAACAAUACGUUCAUUAGGUAUAUGGUCAGAUAAUCCACGUUUAGUUAUUGAACGUGUACUAUAUGUCUCAAUGAAAUUAAUCUCAUUUCAUUUAUUUCUUAAUUGGCCAUCAACAUAUUUAACACUUGAUGAUCAUAUUAUUCAACAACAUACAAAUUUAAAAUGUUUAAAAUUACAUUUAUAUGGAUAUUGGACAUUAGAAAAAUUAGAUUCAUUUCUUGCUUAUAUUCCAACAAUUAAAAUUUUAGAUCUUUAUUCAUCUUAUUUUGAUACAUAUAUGAUACAUUUUCAGUGGAAUUUUAAAGAAUUAGCAUAUAUAUUUUUAUGUCGUUUACCAAAUCUUUCGUAUUUUAAUUGUGAUUUAAUUUUUGAAAAUCAAAAAAUAAUUAAUUUAGAAAAUAUUUAUUCUUUACAUUCCUGUUUUAAUCGUAUUAAAUACGAAAUAUAUACAGAAAAUGAUUUAUUUAUAAGAAUUUUUACUAAUUAA